UUAGGAAAUUGUAAAUAGUAGGCUCAAAAAUUCAAAAUCAAAAAUUAACAACAGAUAUUUCAGUAAUAAAGUGGAUAUUUAUAAAAGUUACAGUACCAUGAGAGAAAUUCCGGUCUAGAAUAUGAACUAAAGUCAUGUUAAUUAUAUUAAAAUGGCUGUGAAUUGGCAACGCUAAGCAGAGGAGAUGGUACUGUAAGAGUAUCGGUAUUUAGUUUAAUGUAGAAUCAUGGGUCAGAGCAGUUCGAAGAACAAACAAAAUAAUCAACAAAAAGAGCUGACUAGCAUACUGAAAUCCACAACUGUGGAACCAAUGCAAAAUGUGAACGAAGACAUCCUUCCCCAGUUAACCUCUCCAGCACAUGUUGACACGAGCUUAGUACCCGACUGGAUACAUAAGAAACAAUUUUUAGAAGUUCUUAGUGACAAUGUGCCAAAUUUCUCCAAAAUCCAAAAUUUUUAUAUAACGCCAGCCACAAGUGAGGGAGACAACUUUUCCUCCUUAAUAUUGCGAAUUGCCAUCGACGUGAAGCUAACAGACAAAUCCAUGAAGUCCCUGGCUUUCAUGAUGAAAGUACCCCACGAAUCAGCCAAAAUGCAACAGAUGCUAAAGACUGUGAAUUUCUUUACCGUUGAGAACGCUGCCUAUACGGAACUCAUCUCCAAGUUUGAAGAGCUCUAUAGCUCAAUAGGCAUGAACAUCAAGUUCGCUCCACGUACCUACAAGUUCACGGAGAGCGUAAGAAAGGAGCCCAAGCUAAUCAAUACGGUGCUCAUGUACGAUCUGAGCCAGGAUGGCUAUAGGAACGUGAAUCGCCUGGAAUGCCUCAAUGUAGAGCAGACCAAAUUGGUCUUACGAAAGCUGGCCCAGUACCAUUCAGCAAGCGCGCAAUGUAGGGCCAUCUAUGGACCUUAUCCGGAACUAUUCACGCAGGCCAUGUUUGGAUCGAACAAGGAGAGAGCUAUAUCCAUAUUAGAGGGCAUAAUGGGUCCAUUUAAGAAAAUGUUUUUAGAGAAUCUUUACUUCUUUAAAAAUGGCGAUAAAUACUACGAAAAGUUUUCAACACUUUUCUCAAAAAUGAGCAACAAAUUUUUGAGUCUUAGCACAUUUGAUGACAGUGAAUUUAAUGUCAUCAAUCAUGGUGAUUGUUGGAUAAACAAUUUACUCUUCAAAUUCGACUCAGAUGGCGAUCUGAUUGACGUGAAAUUUGUGGACUUUCAGUUACCAAAAUAUGGGCAUCCAUCGACAGACUUGCUCAACUUUAUCAUGUCCUCGGUGCACAUAGAUCACAAGCUGAAGCACUUUGAUUACUUCAUUAAGUAUUACCAUGAUCAGUUGAUCGAGCACCUGCACUUACUGGGCUAUAAGGAUCGUAUGCCCACGUUAAGCGAACUCCAUAUGCAGCUCUAUAAAUACGGCAUGUGGGCGAUAACAGCCUCCGUGAUGGUGCUACCAAUUGUUCUGUUGGAUCACAAUGAGGAAUCGAUGGAGUACAAGAGUCAAUUGUACACGAAUGCGCGCUAUAAAGAAAAUAUAGAACAAAUAAUGCCCUGGCUGGAUAAUCGCGGUCUAUUAGAUUUGUAGAUUUAUAUUAGUAGCAAUUGCAUUGAAUUCUAUAAGUCAGGCUUUAGAUAAAUUA